GACAAGAUGGCCGCCAACUGUCAGCCGUGAUAAUUCUCAGACUCUUGUUUUCUCAUGAUAUUAAUAUUCGAAAAAGUACUGUAAGAAAUGGGGUUAUCGCAGAGUUCAGAAGUGUCCGAAGGAGGGACGUAUGGAUACCAUGUGCACGGUGUGCAGCCAAAUUCCCCUGCAGAAAAGGCCGGACUGCAGCCCUUCUUUGACUUCAUUCUGUCUCUGGACAGUAAAAGACUUAAUGAGGAAAAUGACCAGCUGAAGGAGCUCCUAAAGGCCAACAUGGAGAGAGCAGUGAAGAUGGAGGUGUACAGCACUAAAAGCACAAGGGUUCGAGAGCUGGAGGUGGUGCCCAGUAACAUGUGGGGAGGACAGGGCCUGCUGGGUGCCAGCGUUCGCUUCUGUAGCUACCAGGGAGCCAAUGAGAACGUCUGGCACGUCCUGGAUGUGGAGACUAGUUCACCUGCUGCACUGGCUGGGCUUCAGCCACACAGUGACUACAUUGUUGGAGCAGAUCAGGUGUUGCAAGAUUCAGAAGACUUCUUUUCACUGAUCGAGGCCCAUGAAGGGAAGCCCCUGAAGCUGCUGGUGUACAGCACACUAACAGAUGCCUGCAGGGAGGUGGUGGUCACACCUAACGGAGCAUGGGGAGGAGAGGGCAGUCUGGGUUGUGGAAUUGGUUACGGCUACCUGCACCGAAUCCCUGCAAACCCUGAUGUAUCGCCUGCAGAGCCUCUCACACCUGUUCCUGAGGAGAACCCCUCUCCAAUACUGCCAACACAUGGAUUCACAGAGGCACCUUUAAUGGCAGCUUCAAGUCAAAGGGAAGACGUACUAGACCUGGAGCAGGUCACCCUACAGGAAGCUCCUCUACCUCCACCCAUCCAGAGAGUCAUGGACCCUGGUUUCUCAGACUCUGAAGUGGCGGUGAUGAACUCCGACACUGCAGAUUUGGUGGAUAGGCUGGAACUGUCCAUGUCGUCCAUUGACAUGACCAACACUUCACUGGCUAUGCAUGAGGAAAAGGACAGCGAAAUCUCCGGUGUGGAGGAGCUGGAGGACAGUGUCCGGCUCUCAUCAUCAGCAGACGACCAGGCUGAGUCACAAGAGCUGACCGUGGACCUCACCUCUGCUUUCACUUCCACUGACAUUUUGUCUGAUUCAGGCGUCCCACCUGCUGAACCGCAUCACCUGGUCACAGAGUCCACAGACCUACAAAGCUUUCUUAUUGAGUCGAGUGAAAGCCCAAGUCCACCUAUGGGUGCGUUGUCUCUCCCUGUAGAGCCCCUUGACCCUCCUGCUGUGCUCUCUGUCCCAGCCGUAGACCCUCCCUCUCCAUCUCCCGUCGAUCUCCUGCAGUCCUCGGCUCUUGGCGAGUCGACGGCUGACGAUUCUCCUGCUCAGGCUGUCGAGGACUCAACAGGGUCAGUAGACGAGUCUCCUGCUCAGCACUGCAGCCAUGAUGAGGAGGAACCAGAAGAGCCACAUCUUGAGUAAGCUUGCAUCAGCCCACACGUAAAGUACAAAAGAGCAAAUUGAAGUCGACAAUCAGUUUCUGAAAGGCUUUUUUUCUUUUUUUUAAAAGAAACACUGUAGAGCAAAUACAGGACAGACCGAGGGAAAGCUGUGUGAUUUGAUACUGAUAGUCUUACAUAAGUGCAUAUCACCAGGUUAGUUACACUACAGGAACAAGCUACAGCAUUAACAUUUAACUAGAGAAAUACUUUGAAGCAUUGUAGGAAUAUCCUAUUUGUUUUAUAUGUGUGAAUUUAAAGUUACAACUAAUUAGUUGGUCAAAAAGGAUGUAAUGUUAACGUUUUUAUUGUCUGGUGCAAAAUUAGAUCAUACGGGUGAAGAGACUUCGCUUCUGAUACACUAAUGUGAUGAAUACUUGAAUACUUCCAAAGAUCAGUACUUAGUAUAUCGAAAAAAAACCCACAGGUCAUUCAAUUACUACAGCAAAGAACAGCUGCACCUUAUUUUAUAUAUCUGUAACACUAUCAAAGUUUUUAAAGCUACCAGAUUGUGGGCACUUCAGCUGAACUAGAACAGUUCUGGUGUGCUUUGAAGAAUGCUUUGAACAUAAUGAUUCCCCGAACACAUCUUUUAAAAACAGUUUAAUUGUAAAAGGGGCAUUUACAUUUAUUGGGUUUUAAAAUGGUUUAGCUGUGGGAUGGGGGAAAUGUUUGUCCACUUGUGUUAAACCAGUCCGUACAUGUUUUCACACCAGAUUUGAUGACAUCAGUAUGUUUUAGAUGCUGUCUUUAAUUUGCCAUGCAGUCUGUGAUCGGUUUGAAAACCUCAUUACUGCCCGUCAAGCUGAAAUCAUGUCCCCAUACUUUACUUUAUUUUCACCUCGUAAUCUAUGCAACAGUAGAUGAAGAACUGCCUGUGGCUUUACAGAUAAUGCAUUUAUCAUGUAAAUCCAAUAGAAAACAAGCCUUUUGAUACAUGUAAGAGGUCUGGUAACAGAAAUACUGCUGUUGAGUAAUAGUUUUCUUUUUUCCUAGGGAGCUACUUAAUGUUUUUUCACUGUCAAAGUAGGUGCUAGUGUGUAAAAUAAGGAAAAGUAUUUUUGCAGAUAUUUUAUCAAUGAAUUGUAUGUUUUAUUAGGAAUGAGUGCAGAGUCUUUUGAUGAAUGUGAGAUGAGUGAAUCUUUGAUGGUUAAACAAUCAUAUCACUUGACUUUAAAAAAAGAAAUUGUCCCUUGUUUUUUCUUAGUUCACACACACCAGCUGAACACAUUACAACUCAAGAAACAUCCAUUUAUAAUUCCCAUAUAUCUUUCAUUGUUAAACCAUUCCAAUUUAUUUCUCUGAAUGCCUAAAAUAUACAUAUUUCACAAAUUAUUACAACAGGGAUAUUGCAGUGUUAUGGCCUAAUUACGGUACCCAUCCUAUUUUUUUUUUUUUUUUUUUUUUUUUGGCCAAUUAGAGCUCACUCGAUGCGUCCCCCACUACAGCGUUACACACUCCUCAUGGCAAAAUUAACUCCAGAAAAUUUACAGUGAAAGGAUCUGUUGUUCUGCUUGGUGACACACUAAGAGAGAAAUGAGUAUUAGCCUUUAUUUCACUUUGGUGAAUUUCCCACAGUGGUUGAAUGUUCAUAUAUUCUCUUGGAUGAGAUUCCCCUUCAAGUUAUAUUUAUGUUUCAUUGAACUCCUAUUGAGUCUAAACGAAAUAUACAUUAGGAACAGCCCUCACUGUCAGCAAAGUCGCUGCUCAUGAGCCAAGCACAGAGCAAGUAAGCAUGAGUUAUUGUUAAAGAUAUAUACCUUAUAUAUAAUUUCCCGAUCGCUUAGAUGACUUGGACGACUACUGACAUUCUUAAGAAUAAACUGCAAUUUCUGGGUUGUAGUGAACACAUCAAAUGCAAUUUUUUAAACAUCCAAGUCAGAUUACCUUCAAGACCACAAAUGUGCUCUAGGGUUUUGGAAAAAUAACUUGGUUUUUAAGUAAACUGUACAACAACAAAAUAACUGCUGCAAAAAAAAAAAAAAAAAAAAUCAAAAAUGUUGUUCACAUAUUUACAAAAAAACAGAACAUUCAGUCCACUGAGAACAGCACAGCUAAACAGAAAAGACAAAGACAAGUUCUUCCGUUCAAUGAUUAAAUGUCUAAGCCAAGGUUAAGUUCCAAGUUAAGAUGGACAACGUUGACAACAGAACAGAUGAGGACUGCUUUGAGGGGACUGUGAUGCUAGUCAGAGACCAAAGUGUACUCCUAAACUGGUGAUACUGCUGAGACAGGUGUGGAGUGCUUGUAGAACACGGACAGUUUUUGGAAUGUACUAGAAUAGUCUACUACAUCCAUGUGCAUACACACUCAGACACAAACAUGGUCGCUUCAAAACAAAAUGCCAGUCAGGAGGAAAGAAAGAAACAGCAGUCAAAGGUGUAAAAAUAAGGGGGGGAAAAAGAAAUGAGUGUAGUGCUGGAGAAAAUGUUAAGAGUCCAUUCUUCAAACUGUAUUAAGAAAAAAAAAAAAAAAAAAAGAAACAAAACAAUACAGACCACUUAUCUCCCAGGUGUCUGUUGGCUGCUCCGGCCUGUUCUGGUCAGUUCCCUAUGAUACACCAUGAGCCACGUCCUCACAAAUUUUACUGGAUUCUCAUUGAUACUGCGACUCUUGACCACACAAUGGGGUUUAGGGUACUACAUGUCAGAGGUGGGUGGUGAUUGGCAAAUGACGAAGAGUUCUUGUUUUAAAAAUCAUGACUUUCACGUGGACUUCUGCCUAUAGUGAAGCGUCAAGUCCCCUCCGCUCUUCCAGAUAAAAUGUUUAACUGUUCGCAGGUCCAUGUUGGGAUCCAGAACCUGGUUCAGAGAUUUAAAAAAAAAAAAACAAAAAACAAAGGUUAAUAACAUCAACUACACUUGAGGAUGUAUAGGAUGUACUCAUGUAAAGAUGUUCU